AUGUCCCAUCAGGAAUCGUUCUUCGACUUUGAAACAGAUAUUCUCAAUCGGACUCCACCACUGGUCCCGGUGAAGCCGGAUCUGGAGCCGCACGACAGCCCCGCGCCUUUUGUCCGUAUAGAUACAUCUUCCGACUCGACGGACGUGGAACAGACCGACGGUGUACCGUCAUCCAGGAAGAAGAGAAGGAAGAAGCGGAAGGGUCGAACAAACCCAACCUUUGCCGACGGCGUACUGAUUCGUUCCCUAGAUCCUAACCAUCUCGAACUAGCCAGCCACGUUGAGAGGAACGCGUUAGCAUCGGCGAGCCAGUCAGAGGUGGAAGAGGAGGACAAUAAGGAUGGCCGCCGACUACAGAUGAGCAGGCCGAGCGAAGUGGUUCAGUCUCGGGCAACGCAGGAUGCAACUAGACGCCGAGAGAUUGCCGUCUCCAACAAUGCCGACAAGGAUGAUGACUGGGCGAUGAUCGAUACCCCGGUGAAUACAGCUGAGGCGAGAUAUCCGCCCCCGUCUCCGAUAUCCGGUGGUGAUGCCUGCCCACCUCGCCAUCAAGAACAAAACCAAGCUUCAACUUCACCUCUACCAGAAGACCCUCCCAAGAAGCACUUCGACACUCGUCCGCCUCCGCUGAACGAGAGAUUGGGCUUGAAGCUGAAGCCAGGCCAUGGCCCUGCCGAGGAGGACGAGGACUCCAUCAUCAAGUCACCUGCUCUUGCAAAGUUUUAUCCUCCCUGCAUUGCAGAACAAAUCGCCGCCCCGGUCGUCGCCGGCCGGUCUGUCCGAUCUGAAGCACAAUCUUCCAAGUAUCAAGACGGCCAUAGGUGA